CAAUGAUUAGAUUCUCAUUGUAGAAAGGAUAACAAAUAUUGAGAAAACAAUUAUCAGCAUUCUCAACACAAUAGAAUCUCAUAGAAAUAUUCAUUGAUGAUGUACCACAUAAAGUAUAUAUUAUAAUUUUUAUAUAUAAUUAUAGGUUGAUCCAUCAGCAACAAUAUUUUAAGCAUGUUAUUCAGCAGGUGUAAUUAUUCCAAGAUUUUGUUAUCAUGAACGAUUAGCAGUAGCAGGAAAUUGCAGAAUGUGUUUGGUAGAGGUUGAAAAAUCACCAAAACCUGUAUAAAUUAAAUGAAUAUUAUAAAAGGUUGCAGCAUGUGCAGCUUAAGUUGCACCUGGAAUGAGAAUACUAACAAAAAGUGAAAAAACAAGAAUAGCAAGAGGAGGUGUGAUGGAAUUCAUGUUAGCUAAUCACCCAUUAGAUUGUCCAAUUUGUGAUUAAGGAGGAGAAUGUGAUUUAUAAGAUAUUUCUGAAUAAUAUGGGUACACUCUUAAUAUUCUAUUAUUAGAUAUGGAGAUAGCAGACAUAAUGAAUAUAAGAGAGCUGUGGAAGAUAAAAAUUUUGGUCCUUUGGUAGCUACAAGUAUGAAUAGAUGCAUUCAUUGCACGAGAUGUAUCAGAUUUUCUGAUGAAUAUGCUGGUGUAACUGAAUUAGGAACUAGUGGAAGAGGAAGAAAUACUGAAAUUGGUACAUACAUUGACAAAAUGAUCACUAGUGAAUUAUAAGGAAAUCUAGCUGAUAUCUGUCCAGUUGGUGCUUUAACUAAUGGACCAUAUGCAUUUACUUCUAGACCUUGGGAAUUAAAAUCUUAUGAUUCUGUUGAUGUUUUUGAUACUAUUUUACCACUUAUUUAAAUUGAUACUAGAGGAGCUGAGAUUAUGAGAGUUUUACCUAGAAUUCAUGAAGAAGUCAAUGAAGAAUGGUUAAAUGAUAAAUCAAGAUAAGCUUUUGAUGGAUUAAAAAAAUAAAGAUUAACACUUCCAUUAGCUAGAGAUGCAUAAGGCAACUUCACUGAUUUGUAUUGGUCAGAUGCCAUAUAAUAAGCAGCUAAGAAAUUAUAAUCAGUUAAAGGAGAAGAAAUUGUAGGAGUUAUUGGAGAAUUUGCUGAUUGUGAAUCUAUUGUAGCCUUAAAAGAUUUAUUGAAUAGAUUUGAUAGUGAUAAUUUUGAAAUUAGAGGAAAUGGUGUACCAUAAUUAGAUGCAGAUUUUAGAGCUAAUUAUUUACUAAAUUCAAGAAUCACAGGUGUUGAAGAGGCUGAUGUUCUUUUAUUGGUAGGUACUAAUCCAAAGGUUGAAUCACCAUUAUUGAAUUCUAGAAUUUUAAGAGCAACAAGGAAAAAUAAUCUUAAAGUAUUUCUUAUUGGACCAGCCAAUGACUUAACUUAUAAUUAUGUUCAUUUAGGAAAUAAUGCCUCAAUACUUGAUGAAAUUGCUAAUGGCACUCAUCCAUUUGCAGCAAGACUCAAAAAUGCUAAGUUACCUAUGAUUUUAACAGGAGCAGGUGUUUUAGAAAGAGUUGAUGGAAAUGCUAUUCAUAAUGCUUUAAAAAAGAUUGCUAUAAAUUCUCCAGUGAUUAAUCCAUAAUUGGGAUGGAAUGGUUUCAAUCUUUUACAUAAAGAUGUUGGAAGAAUUAAUGCUCUUGAAUUAGGUAUCACUGCUAGGAAGAGUAGUGUUCCUGCUAAGGUUGUGAUUCUGUUAGGAGUUGAUAACAAUUUAAAGGCUUAAGAUAUUCCUAAAGAUGCUUAUGUAAUUUAUAUUGGUAGUCAUGGUGAUGAAGGUGCUUAUUAUGCAGAUCUUAUAUUACCAGGAGCUACUUAUACAGAAAAGAAUGGAACUUAUGUAAUUAGAUUUAAAAUUCAAUUAGGUUUCAACUGAAGGAAGAGUAUAAACCACAAAAUUAGUUGCUUUACCCCCAUCAGGUGCAAAAUCAGAUUGGGAAAUAUUAAGGGCAUUAUCUGAAGAAUGUGGAUGUGCUCUACCUUAUGAUACAUUAGAAGAAGUAUGACAGUUCAAAAUUGUGAUAGGUUAGAUAUAGAAUGGCUGAAUUAGCUCCUCAUUUAUUAAAAUACGAUUAUAUUGAAUCAAGUGUUCUUGGAUAAAUCGCAUUAAAACCUGAAUCCUCCAAGUAAACUAUUUCAGCCACUCCAUUCAAAGAUCUUAUUGAUGUAAAUUUAAUUUCUACUUUUAGAACUUCUAUAUGACUGAUGCUAUAUCUAGACAAUCAGUAACUAUGGCUAAAUGUUCGACAGCUUUUAAUCCUCAUAAAUUUAGCACAUUUAAAUAAUUAUGAA